GUUGUUGAACUUUUUCCACGAUCAGCACUUCAGCGGCACUUUCCUGAUGAGCUUCGAGCGCUCCGCUUUCCUACACAAUGAACUGUAUUGACGUUUAAUGACGCGCAAUGGCACCUUUUGGGAAAAACUUUCUGAAAGCGCGCUUGAAGAACAGGUCUAAGGUUGUAGAGGACACACCAGGAAAAGAAAUCCAGGUGCGGGUGUGUCAAGAAGAAAAAAUAGUCUGCGGUGUGACCAAGCACACGACAUGUGCCGACGUGAUUAAAGCUUUAUUAGAGGACCACAAGACAAUACCCGAAAGUAAGAGGCUUUUACAUGGAGAACCCAAAGACUUCUGCAUCCUGGAACGGUGGAGGGGAUUGGAAAGGGCUCUGCCGCCACUCACUCGAAUCCUCAGACUUUGGAACGCAUGGGGUGACGAAAAACCUUUCAUACAGUUUGUUCUUGUGAAGACCAGCGAAUUCGUGCCAUCGUCUAAGGGAGCCAAGAAGUCCUCGAGAUCACGGGUAGCAAGGUCAAGGAGAUCAGACCAAGGACCUGCGCAUUACGCCAAGGCCGUGUCUGUAGAGAAGCAGAAGCGCAUGGUAAAGAGGGCCUUUCGUAAACUUGAGAAGAUUCACAAAGAAGAGACGUCAGAAGGGUCUGAAGAGAUCAGCAAGAUGGUGCGUUUGAUUAUCUCCCAGGACCAGACCAUACGCCAACAGAUUCAGCAGAUGCGUGAGCUGGACUUGGAAACUGAACUUUUGGAGCAGCAGCUGAUAAGCAGCCCCACUUCUUGCUCCAGCCUCACCGUAUGUGAAGACGAAGAGGCAUCGUUCCAAUUUUUGUCUGAAUAUGAGGGCCAGAUGGAGGAGUACUUUAACACCAGUGAUGGAAUAGAGCAACUAGAACUACAUUUAUGCAAACACAAAGAACUCAUUGAUCGGCUCUGUCGAGAUAUCGACCUGGAGCUGAGGAGUAAUGCUUGGACUUCCGAUUCGGAAGAGUUGAAAGGGGCGGCAGCUGCGAGUCCAGACCUGGAUUUGGUACCUGACCUCUCUAUGUCCUCAUCGGAUCUUUUGGAGUUGGAAAGCUUACGCGAUGAACUUGAGUCGAGCAUGAACGCUGGGCUUUCGCUCCAUUCCCAAACCCAGGAAAUCGAGAAGGAACUGCACCAGAACAAAACAGCCUUACAGUCACGCAACCAAGAAUACCAGCAUCUCAUAGCCCAACUCGGUGCACUGGAGCUGGGUGACCAGCCAAGCCCCAUGAAGAGCCAGAUAAGGGCGGCUGUCUCUCAGCAGACAUCAGGCAAGGUCAGACAAACAUGCUCACCUACAGAUGUAACAGACACAGACUCAGACACUGGAAUAAGCUCUACGCACAGUCAAGACUCGCUGUCACCGUGCAUGGACAGGUCCGCUCCUCUGGAUACUGAUGUUUAGACAAACUGAGGAUACACUGAACAAGUGCAUUUAUACUGUAUUUAAAAACUUUAAAAUCAAAUAUUAACAUUAUUUAACUGUUUCACUUGUAUUAUGUUACAGCGCAGCUACUGACACAAACACUUUAAAAUGAUUAAAAAGGUUCUUAAAGAGUUCUUCACAGCGAUGCCAUAGAAGAACCAUUUUUGGUUCGUCAAAGAACAAUCUUCUUUUGUGUUCAACAGAAAAAAAGAAACUCAUACAGGUUUAGGACAAAAUGAGGGGGAGUAAACGAUGACAGAAUUUUCAUUUUUGGGUAAACUAUCCCUUUAAAUCUUCUUUAUGGAGCCAUUUGGCUGAAAAUUGUUCUUCUGUGGCAUCGUAAAGCACCCUUUAUUUUGAAGAGUUUAGAUUUAGUAUAGAUUAAAGCAUACAGAUAAAUUAAACCUCAUAUGCACUUAAAGCCCAAAUUAAAUAUUGGGAAAGACUCACAAAACCACAAAAAGACUUAUGUAUUUUUAAUUAGAAUGCAAUCCGGUUUUGGGUUCAUUAGAAAUGUUCUUGCAUACAAAUAAAUACAAAAGUUAUGCAAGACUUUCUCCCACAAAAAUAUUGUAAAUAAGUCCAUUGCAUUAUGAAAAGCAACACAUUUGUGACCCUGGACCACAAAUUUCCUUUUUUGAAAAUGAGAUUUAUGAAUAAAUCUGAAAGCUGCAUGAAAAAGCUUUCCAUUAAUGUAUGGAUUGUUACAACAUGAUAUAUUUGGCCGAGAUACAACUAUUUGAAAAUCUGGAAUCUGACAGUGCAAAACAAAUUAAAUUAUUGAGAAAAUCGCCUCGUGUCCAAAUGAAGUACUUAGCAACUAGCCUACCUUCACUCACGAAAAUAAAAAGUUUUGAUAUAUUUACAGUUGAAAACUUACAAAAUAUCUUCCUGGAACAUGGUUUUUAUUUAAAGGGACACUCCACUUUUUUUUAAAAUAUGCUUAUUUUCCAGCUCCCCUAGAGUUACACAAUUGAGUUUUACCGUUUUGAAAUCCAUUCAGCCGAUCUCCGGGUCUGGCGGUAGCACUUUUAGCAAAGCUUAGCAUAACCCAUUGAAUCUGAUUAGACCAUUAGCAUCGCGCUCAAAAAUAACCAAAGAGUUUGGAUAUUUUUCCUAUUUAAAACUUGACUCUUUUGUAGUUACAUCGUGUAGUAAGAGUGACGUAAAAUAGUCCCCUUGGUAACUUUCAAUAGCUGGGGACUAUAUUUUCAGGAACUGCGUAAUAUCAUUGCGCCUGCUGCAGCCAUGGUGCGGCAGCAAAGUCCUUAAUUAUUACGCCAGAAUGAGAGUAUAGUCCUAGCCAUAUCUGCAUAGAAAAUCGCAACUUUUAAUUUUCUGUCUUCUUAGUACAUGAUGUAACUACAGAAGAUUGAAACUCUUUGGUUAUUUUUGAUCUAAUGGCCUAAUCAGAU